AAUGGGAAAAGUGUGUAAGGAACGGUAAUUUCACACUACAAGCCUGCGUGCAUUUUAAAUAUGAAAGCAGGCUCGUGCAAAAUGUCCAGCAUCCCGUGGACGAGGUACGGAGGUCCCUCGGGUCAGAACUGAACAGAAAUGAAUCCCGUUCCAAUACUCAUGGGACACCGGGAGAUGACUUGAGCGACUCUGACCACUGCCGCCGUGCGCGCCACAUGCCCGUGUGUGUGUGUGUGUGUGUGUGCGCGCGUGUGUCAGUGUGUGUGAAAGCCACCACUAGUCGCCCCCAGUGCUCUUCAGUCUCCACUCUCCCUUCUCACCGCAGAUUGAACGUCACGUCCGCACUUGAACUUGAGUUUUCUCCCAUUGUAGAAGCCAGAGAGCCGCACAGAGCCGCACAGAGCCGCACACAGUCCGGGGAUGCGGGACUCUGCAGACAGCACAAAGAGAAAGGAGGGUGGCAGUCUGUCCUCAAACCAGCACUGGGCUUUGACUUAAAGAGUUAAAGUCUAACCUGCCCGCCUAACUGGCACUGCCAGUGCAACAGAAGAAGUGCCCACCACUUGGCGACACACCGAGAAGUACCGAGAAGGAAAUUGGAUUCCUAUUUUACACACUUUCAGACGUUAAUUGGCGUCAUUUCACCUGCGUUCUCCGGACAGGGACGUGCGGUGUCCAGGGUGGCCGGAGAGUGGACACAGGUAGUGACUGUCCAUCAGGAGGUGAACGCCGACCUCUCGCAUCUUGCCGCGUCUCUCCUCCACUCCACUUCACUCCACUCCGUUCUCCGCUGUCCUCUGACAGAUGGUGUGAAAGGCAGAGCCGGACUAACCUCCUCCCUCAUCACCAGAAGGGAGGCGCGCAACCACUUUGGCACCGAACUCCGACCGACCGACCGCCCGGCCGCCCAGCGCUGCGCCUGGUCGGUCACCGCAGAGCACAGGAGCCGCUGUUCGCUGGAGGGAGAUCCAUUGCACAGGGGUCAGUUCGAGGGCCACAUCUGGGGCCGGUGCAGAGCGGUCAGUUUGGGGUGGCAGGCGUGCGGUCGGUUUUGGGGGCAGUUUGCGGCCGGUAUACAGGAGCAGCAGGAGGAGAGCCGACCCUUCCAACACCGCUCUCCGGGCAAUGCCAGUGUAAAUGCCACGGCGAUGUCCCGACGCAAGCAAGGGAACCCACAGCACCUGUCCCAGAGAGAAAUAACAUCGGAGGUUGAGCAUCCAGAUGGCAGCCUGCUCUCCGACUCUCUAUCCCUACACCCACUCCGCCUGCCCUCUCACCCACUUGGCCUACCUCCCCACUCGUUGGACCCUAGUCUGGCCCAUGCCCUACCACCCGGCCUCCACGCAGACCACGACCUGCUGACCUGCGGCCAGUGCCAGAUGACCUUCCCGCUGGGCGACAUCCUCCUCUUCAUUGAGCACAAAAAGAAGCAGUGCCAAACACCGUUGCUGGCCAAUGGCUGCUACGAUAAGAUGACUGAUAGGGGGGGAGGAGGGGGGGGGAGCCCAACUCUACAGAGCCUUCAUCAGCACACACAGCGGGGGGAGCUGAGGAAAGUGGUUGAGCCUGUGGAAAUCGGCAUCCAGGUGACACCGGAGGAGGAAGAGGAGGCAGGAAGAGGUGAGAGGGGAGAGAGGACACCCAUCAAAGGAAUUUGCCCCAAGCAGGAGAACACACCAGCAGGUGGCAGGGAUGAGCCUUCCAGUUAUAUAUGUACCUCAUGUAAGCAGCCCUUCCCCAGCGCCUGGUUCCUGCUGCAGCAUGCCCAGAACACCCACGGCAUUCGCAUAUACCUGGAGUCCAACCCCUCCAGCACAGCCCUCACCCCACGCAUCACUAUGCCUCCACCUAUGGGCAAUGACUCCAUCCCGCAGUCCCCCCUCACCAACUUUCUUGGGGACAACAACCCCUUCCACCUGCUGAGGAUGGCGGGCCCCCUGCUCCGGGAGCCUCCCCCAGGCUUCAUGGAGAACCGCCUCCCCAACACACCUCCAUUUGUCAGCCCGCCUCCCCGUCACCACCUCGACCCCCAUCGGCUGGAACGUCUUAGCGCAGAGGAAAUGGGCCUCAUCUCACAGCACCCCAGUGCCUUUGAGAGAGUGAUGCGGCUAACGCCCAUGGCCAUGGAGUCCCAGUCAAUGGACUUCUCCAGGCGGUUACGUGAGUUGGCAGGGAACAACAACAGCACCACACCACCACUGUCACCCAGCAGGGCCAAUCCUAUGCACCGACUGCUUAACCCCAACCCCUUCCAGCCCGGUCCAAAAUCACCCUUUCUGAGUACCCCUCCCUUACCGCCGAUGCCACCAAACAGCACCACCCCUCCUCAGACACAGAAUAAGGUCAAAUCCUGUGAGUUCUGCGGUAAAACCUUUAAGUUCCAGAGCAACUUGGUGGUGCAUCGGCGCAGCCAUACUGGAGAAAAACCAUACAAGUGCCAGCUGUGUGACCAUGCUUGCUCUCAGGCAAGUAAGCUGAAGCGCCACAUGAAGACCCACAUGCACAAGGCUGGAUCCCUGACAGGGCGCUCAGAUGACGGACUGUCCACCACAAGCUCCCCAGAGCCAGGCACCAGUGAUGGCACAGGUGAGGGCAUGAAGAAUCGUGAUGGGGACUUCCAGGGGGAAGGCAAUGAGGAGGAAGAUGAAGAGGAGGAAGAAGAGGAACUGGAGAAUGAGAGUCGACCAGAAUCCAACUUCAGCAUGGAGUCUGAGUUCUACCGUAACAGGGAAAAUGGUUCUAAACCACCCUCAGAGGAGAAGUCGUCAAUAACUCUUGAGAAGAUGGUUGAAGGUGGGGGGCUCAACUCUAUACAGCAGUACAAUAAUUUGAUAGUUGACAAUCGUAAAAGGAUGCCCUUCUCCAAGAGGGGCUCGGAUGGCCAGCGGGACACUGGUGAUGAGGAUUCAGUGGCUGGGGAGAUGGACCACCACCAGCAGGAAGAGAGGACAACCAUUAACGGCCGGAACUGUGGCUCCGGCGACUCUUUCUCAGGCCUGUUUCCCCGUAAGCCAACCCCUAUCACCAGCCCCAGCCUGUCCAACUCCUCAAAUAAACGCAUCAAGAUUGAAAAGGACUUGGACAUUCCCCCAGCACCCCACAUUCCCUCUGAGAAUGUCUAUUCUCAGUGGUUGGUGGGCUAUGCUGCGUCCCGCCACUUCAUCAAAGACCCUUUCCUAGGCUUCACUGACUCCAGACAAUCUCCCUUCGCAACCUCCUCUGAGCACUCAUCCGAGAAUGGCAGCCUAAGGUUCUCAACACCUCCGGGUGACCUGCUGGAUGGAGGCCUGUCAGGCCGCAGCGGCACCGCGAGUGGAGGCAGCACGCCUCAUCUGGGUGGAGGCCCAGGUCGGCCUAGCUCCAAGGAUGGCAGAAGGUGUGACACCUGUGAAUACUGCGGCAAGGUAUUCAAGAACUGUAGCAACCUGACAGUGCACCGGCGCAGUCACACUGGUGAGAGGCCCUACAAGUGUGAGCUGUGCAACUAUGCCUGCGCCCAGAGCUCCAAGCUCACGCGCCACAUGAAGACACAUGGCCAGCUUGGUAAGGAGGUCUACCGCUGUGACAUUUGCCAAAUGCCCUUCAGCGUGUACAGCACUCUGGAGAAACACAUGAAAAAGUGGCAUGGAGAACAUUUGAUGACCAAUGAGGUCAAAAUUGAACAAGCAGAGAGAACCUAAACCAGGUUCUCUGUUCCCAAACUCUGCAACACACUUUGACUUAAAAAAUAAACAAAACGGGGUAGCUGGAUACUCUUUUUCUGAAAUGUUAAUUUUGGGUUAUAUUAGUGUUUUUAAGAAACUGCCAACUGAGGAAAAAAAGUGAAAACAUUGAUCCUAACACCAAUUGAAGCUGUCUAAACUGCCUCAUUUGGGGUUCCUUUUUAAACAAUCAGCCAGUUGAGUUAUGACAUAUGUGGAGCCUUUAACUGUGCAAUAAUUUCUCUAUUUAUUGUAUUUUGUAUUUUGGCAUGUGCAGGUACGUUAUUAUUUAGGCUUUUUUUUAAAAAAUUGUUUUACUUUAAAUUUGCGUUUUAAGCUGUUUUUUUUUUUAAAAACCCACAUGAUAUCCUGAGAGUUUUUUUAGAAGGCAAAAGUCCAUUUUAAGUAAUCUUUUUUGGCCGCUGCUUGUAGGAAAUUGUAUAUUAAGCUAAAUGUGUGAUUUCUUGAAGAGAAGCUGAAUUCAAUCUUCAAUUUGAAACUGAGAAUGCUAGAAUUAGUCUAUUUUGUGUGAUGAUGAUACGCGGACAACAAUCCUUUGGCAUUGUAGCAUGAACUAAGUUUAAAACAUGUCAAUAUAAUUGAAUAUGUAGCACUGAGCGUCAUAUUUGACAGUAAAUCUAAAAUCUAGGAGGAUCCCAAGGUUCAAAAACCCUGUCUCCUCCUGAAUCCAUCAUUCCAGUCAGAAGAAACAGAUUUUAGAUAAGGCAGCUGCUGACUGGUUUGUACCAAGCCCUGACUACGUUACGACAACCAUCCCUCAUUUACUAUCCCCCAUCCCCAUCUUACCUACAUUCAUACUUCCAUGUAUUAUAUUUUUGCAUGCAGCCAUAUGAUCUAGGCUAUAUUAUUUAUUUGGAGUAAACUGAGCAUGAAGCCAUGCAAUAUGAGUAUACGUAAAGAUAAAUAGAAGAAUGAUAAAGAGUUAGCACAGGGGCAUCUCAGGGUAAACUGUACUGCUUUUUUGAUUUACCCAUUAAUUCCUUUGCCUCCAGAAGCUUUUCCAUUUUAUCAGGUUUAAAUAAUUAGGGACAGUUGUGUCCUCUACAGCAUCCUGUGCUGCCCUCUGUCCCCCCCAACCCAGUCUCACUCUGAAGUUGUCAAAUACCGGCGCUUGGUCAGUGACUUCUGGUGUCAGACAUGGACUAAAAAAAGCCAUCAUUUCACAUUGGCAUUAUAUGCGGCUGGUCGCUGUUAUUGUUAAAUGGUGCCUGGCGGAGUCGGGGAAAAUGUGGCAGGACAGCAAUGAAAGUUAAGGCAGCAGAAGUCCAAGUAGGGCGGGUGGUAGGUGUGGUAGAUGGGUCCAACAACCACUGACUUUCACCCGGGAGGCCGGUGUUCUCUUCCCGUAAGAUUGAAAAGCCAAACCAUGUUCCUUUUGCCUAAACCCAACCACGUGUGUGUUGGCUUAAUGUAACCAUGUGCAUUUGUUGUUUAAAAAAAAUAACAACAUUAAUUUCAGGUGUUGUACCGACGUAGUGCGUUCAUUUUGAAAGAGACUGUAUGCAAACUGUUCAUUUCCUGUGAAAAUGGAAGUGUAUUUUAAAAACAGACAAUGCAUGUAACAGGCAUGAAUUUGACCUGACAUCCCAGAAAGUCAACAACCAAUGCACCUUGCAUGUCAUAUGUCGAUGUGGAAAGUCCGUGACCAUACGUCGAUAUGUGACGAGGUUGGAAUGAGAAUGUGUUGGUCCCCCCUACCAAGCUCAUGCCCAAACUUUAUCUUCAUUUCAAAGUGAUUAGACUUGUUUAUAUUUGAAUUAAAAUGAUCACAUCAUUUAGUUUAGAGAGGGUUAAAUGUAUAUGCAUACAUAGCAGACACAGAACUAGAUUUCUGAGGAAAAUUUAUAAUUCUCAGAUUUUAUUGUUGAGAUUUAUAAUAAUCAACAUCCCUAUGCAUUUUUCAGGCUAAAAUAUCUUACAAUUUGUUCAAAGGUGAUACAGUAAAUUUAAACUGUAUUGUUAUAGUGAUUCUAUAAUUGUAUCAUCUGAUUCCUGAAGUCACCUCAACAGGAAUAGGGAUCCCUCAAAGUUUCACCAUCAGUUGUGGGACAGUUUUAUGUGGAAGAGGAAAUAUAUCAGUGUGUGCUGAAGUAGUACGACUAAUAGUUAGAAAAGCAGCAUCAGUUCGCUCCAUGCACCUUCCUUCUUUUAAAUCCAGGGUUCCCACGGUUAUGGAAAACCUAGAAAAGUC